UCUUCGACCUAUAAAAAAAAAAUCGAAUCCAUUUUUCAACUUGGUUUUGAUUGUAUUUGUGUGUUGGUAGUGUGCCUGUGUGUUGUACGUCUGAGCUACAAUAAUUUUCUCGUGUUGUAGGUAUAAACGCGCGCGUUCCAUAAUAAAAAAAAAACCGUCUCUCUGUAAAGUCUCCUGCGAAGGUGAUAAAAAAGUGUAAUUUGUCAAAAGGAUAAAAUUUACAAAUUUUUUAACUUAUAAAAUAAAGUUUGCAAAGAAUUUCAUACAAACAAACAUACGUUUUUUUAAACUUCAUAUCCUGGUAUAUCCUCCAAGGACCUAGAUUUUGAUAUCCUGACGAGAUAAGGACGAAUUCGAAUGAAAUGUCUUUGAUGUUAAUGAGUUCUUUGGAUGAAUCAUCAACCUAACAGAGAGAGAGAGGAGAUAGCAAAAAUCGUUUUUGGAAAUUUGCCAAAAAAAUAUUUCUUCCAAAGAUUGAUUGAGUUUGAAUUUUGAUUUUUUUUUGUUAAAAUUUUCAAAAUUAUAAAAUGCAAACUGCUGUCGAUUGUAAUGGCAGCAAUACCACAACUACAACAACAACUACAUCCAAUAACAGCAGCAAUACCAUCGACAAUAGUCACCAUCAACCGCAACAGCAGCAACAACACCUACAACAGCCAUUGCAACAGCCCGAAAGUAUUCUGAUCAAUCGCCUUUUAGCCGGAAAAAUACCCAACAGUAACAGUGGCAACAGUACGAUUAUAAAUAGCCAACAAGCCAACUACAGUUAUGAUUCGUCCGUCACUGUUACUGGCUCUGCAUCAGCCGCUACUAACGCCGUUGUCGCUUCCUCAAACAAAGUGCGUGAAGAAUUUAUAUUGGGAAGUCCAUCGAAGGACUCAACAACGAAAUCAAAGCCUUUGUCACAAUUCACAAAAAAUACGCCACCAACCAUCACAACAACUGGACAAGUGCAAUCCCAAUCGGUGACAGCAACAACACCAACUUCUAAUUCACAAUACAACAGCUGCAAUAGUAGUCCAGCAUCGACACCAAUUGCAGCAGCAGCAGCUGCAACAUCUCAAACGUCAUUAGGAACAACGACCUCGUCUACGUUGUCGUCCUCUUUGACGACACAAAAUCCAAUUCGUAGUGAAUCGUAUACGAAUGUGGGAUCAAAAACAGCAACAACAACAACAACUACACAAAUAAAUACAACAACAACAACAACAACAACAAAUGCUGUCGGAAGCAGGAGCAAAUACGAUGAAUUGCUCGAGUGGAAGGACAUGCCCAAAUAUCUACAGUUCAAUCCGUACGUUCUUAAUGGAUACCGUCCAUUGACAACGGCCAAAGGAUGUUUAUUGAGCUUGUUCUACUGGCACAACGAAACUAUUAACAUACUGACGCACGCCAUACCUAUUUUCUACAUCCUAGCAGUCGUUCCGGGCCUAAUGCCUUGGGAGAAUGGAUAUCGGUUUUUAUCAUUCUGCCAUGUUUUCGGUUCGCUUGCUCCCUGGUGCGGAAGUUUCGUCUACCACCUGUUUAUGAACAUCGAGAAGGGUGAGGAUGUCUAUUAUCGUUUGCUAAAAUUGGAUAUGGUCGGGAUUUGGGUCAGCCAAAGUUUUGGUGCUCUACCCUUGGUGACAGCAACUACUCUUUGCUUUACAUUUAAGUGGAAAUGGUGUAUAAUUAUUUCAUACUGUUUGCUCUCCUUAUGGGGUCUUUAUAAAGCCUUAACAGCAAGUUCACCAUGGCAGAGACGUCUUUGCUUCGCUUUGCCAUUUACAAUGAGAUCAAUUUUAACAUUUCUACGAACUAUUGGUGUAGUGGGCAGCAAUCGAAUUACAAUGUCACACGUAUACCUACAGGAUGGUGUGUCUAUCCUAGGUGGUGCAAUUGGUGCUAUGAGAAUUCCCGAAAAAUGGUUCCCCGGUCUAGUAGACUAUUACUUAAAUUCACACAAUAUAAUGCAUGUACUCGUUGUUGUUGCUGUCUAUUCUAUGCAUCAGGCCACGGUAAGGGAACUUGCAUGGAUGUCAACAGCACAAUGUAGUGGUUCAAUAAAUGCAACAAACGAAAUUAUAGAUUCCACAUCAACAGUUGAAGCAAAUGCAGAACUUUGACCUUUCAAAUUUAUAACUCACUCGAAUUAUUAUCAAAAACUUUUGUAUUUUAUUAGUUUUUAAAGAAAAAA